AUGGGUUGUUGUUCGAGCAGCAUGAAAAUCAAGGAGCUGAGAGCCAGGCCAGAGCUGGAGGGCAGCAUCUACUUGGCGGCAGGCAACGGCGGCAGUGGCAAGCGUCUGUACAGCAGUCGGAACAGCAGCGGCAUGGGUAGCAGCUCCUGCAGCAGCAGCAGCAACAGCACCUCCACCACCACCAACACGCGGAGCAGCCAUCGGAGCAUCUGGAGCCGGAGCAGGGCCAUCUGCGAUGACUUCUCCGAGCAGCCGCAGCAGCAGGAGAUCAGGGAGCUGGAGCUGGAGCUGGAACUGGAGCGAUCCUGCGGCUACUACACAUGCAGCAGCUCGGCCUCCACACCCACAAAGCAGCAGCAGCACCAGCUGAUGCGCACCCAGGACAUGGGCAACAGCUCCACGGGCUCCGCAGAGUCAAGCGAAUCGAAUGAGUCCAGAGACUCCACUGAGUCCGCGCCGAUGGUCAGCAAUCUCGAGUGGGAGAUGUACAUGAUGCAGCAGGCCCAGCGCAUCAUGCCAAAGACCUCGUCGCCCAUCAGCCAGCGACGCGGUGCGGCUGGCGGCGACUCCUACAACAAGUGGCGCAACUAUCUGCAGGGCACACCCGCCCACAUGCUGCACAACGUCACCCACAUACCGGAGGCCAUUGCCGGCCAUUUCUGCCCCACCACCUUUCCGGCCUUUAGCGAUCUAGAGGACAUGGAGAGUGCGGCCAAGCGUUUCAAGGUGGACGUGCAAAUAGAGGAGCAGAUGGCCAUCGACCCGGAAGAGGAGCCCCUCUACACCACCUCACAGCUGCUGGCAGGGCAUACGCACACCAUCACCACGGACCUGUAG